CUAAAAAUAUCAAAGUACAUGUCAAAUAGAUUUUUCCCAAAGAUGGUUUUUGUCAUUAUAGGUAGUUCUUAUCGCACUAAUGUUUGUUUAAGUGCUCAUUUUUCUGAUAAGUUUGUUUAUAAUGAGGUAUUUGACAAUAUAAAAAGGGGGUCUGACACAGUGCGUCACGAACUUUAACAUUGUAUCCUAUUAGAUAAAUAUGAAGACAUCCGUGCCAGUGCUAUAGAUGAGAAGUUAAAUUUUGUGAGUUUCGAUUUUGAAACAUCAUGAUCGACUGCGUCGAAUAAUCAUGGAUGUAUUAUAACAGCUGGAUACCUGACUAAAAAUGGCGCCCAUUCAGUCCUAUAGGAAUUGCUUGGCUGGCACAUUCCAAAAAAAGUUUCUGUGCCUUGUGCAGUGGCACCCCUACUAUGUCAACGCACUGGCCCCAUUUAAAUGAUUGGGAGGGCUGUGGUUUUUCACGCACUGACGUUUUUUGGCUUAAUGCAGCCUUAUAGUAGGGGUGGCAGCUGCCUGCUCUUGCACCCCUGUAGAUCUGCCCCUGAUGAUCCCUCUUCCAGAAGAGACAGAAACAAUCUAAACGUUGUUUUGUUUGUUUCCUCAGGAGCGACUUCUGCCAUUUGCCCAACUCAGCCAAUUGAGGCAGUAGAGGGUGAUGAUGUCACUCUACCAUGUAAGCUGUACCCGCCAGACAACGUGUCUGCUUACACAGUGGAUUGGAAGAGAGUUGACCUCAACAAGGUAGUCUACUCCUAUCGACAUAAGCAGGACCACCAUGAUGCACAGAUGGAGAGAUACAGAGGCAGGACAACUUUCGACCAUGGCGGCCUGAGCAGAGGAAACCUGACACUGCGUAUCUCCUCAGUACAGCUGAAUGACAGUGGACCAUACAGGUGCUCUGUUCCAAAACUAACGGCCAGAUGUGUUGUUAACGUCAGUGUUGUACCAAAGGACCAACAGAACAUGUUGAACAGAAUUGGUGACGCUACCACAAAUAGACCUCCAGUGGAAGAUGUGACCAAGCCAGACAAUCAUGAUGCUGCAAAGGAGAGGACUUCUUAUGCCAUUGCCUUUCCCAUUGUUUUUUUCAUUGUAAUUGUUGGAGUGCUGGUGAAAAGUGGAAUGAUCAAGAACUGUAGGAGGAAGCUCAUAAGAUGGAGGAGGCAAGAAGGAGAGAUGGCACUAAACAACGUUCAAAAGGAAACCCAAGGAACCAAGCAGCAGAAGCCUGAAAAAUAUGCACUGAGAGAAGACCAUUAAUCACCUCAAUGAUGAAUUUUUGUCUUUUUUUGGGAUAAAUUAAAUAGAAAUUUAAAUAGAUUGACAUUCAGGCCAUACACAAACAUACAAUCAACAAUUAUAGUAAAUCUCCCCUCACCCAACAACCCACUCUGUUCACCUACUUCUUUUUCCUUUCUAUUUUUUUUUUCAUCUACAUGAUGGAACCAUGUCGGGCUGGGCUCUGGGGCCUUGGGGACUGGGCUGGUUUGGGAUAGCUUGGGGUCUGAGGUCCUGUUCCCCGAUAUCCCCCUCUCCAAAUAGAAAGAAGCUCCUUGGACCCAGCUGAAUGGACCCUUCCCAUAGGGGUGGGGUCUGUUCUAAAGGGUUUCUGACCUCCAAUAAGCCAGCCACCUCCUAUAGGCCCGGUGGUGGCCUAAAGCAGGCGAGAGCAAAGUAAGCAAGGAAGAAGAGUAGGGGGAAAUAGCUUAUUUUAGCUUAAAUUAUAAAAUAAAACAAGCAAACAAACUAACAUUAAAAGGAAGGGGAAAUCACAAUAAAAACAUAAAAUUCUCCCCUGACCCAGCUGUCCUGGCCUGGCCCAGCCCACUCUGGAUCCACCCCGGCGCCACUCUAGCCUCAGUGCCCAGCCAGUGUUGCCUUCCAGUAGCAUUGUUGCUGCUUUAUAUUUCAUUCACUUAUUUAUCUAUUCUAUUAUUUAUCAAUUUAUUUAUUUAUUCUCUCUCCUCCUUUGGUAAAUUCUGUCUCCCCCUUAUGCUCUAUCUCCGCUGUUUCACAUUGGAAACCAACCUGCAAAAACACACACACACUUGCCUAAUCUCUGUAUGUCUACAUGAACCCAGUACACAAUGACUGUAGUUACGAGUAAAACGAAGGAAACACUUUCACAGGCAGUUCAAAACCAGUUUGUCUAAUAUGUUCCGAGACCAUGGCGAUUGUGAAGCGAUACUACUGACAAAACACAAAUCUUUGGUGCAAACAUACCCACUCAAAUCUGAACUGAAUCUCUCAUACACUCAACUCUCAGCCUGCAUUAACCGAGCAACUGCUUCUGAUCAAGAUGCUAGUGUAGCAUUAGCGUAAGCCUUAGAUAGCUUAACCGGACAUCUGCCAAAUAACAACUCCAUGGAGUUUUCACAACUUUAUGCUUUAGUGUACAUCAACAUGACACAGUGAGCAGGUUGAGACACGCUGUGACUUCUUUCUUCCUCUGAAGGCAGGGAGGUGCGUUUGUUUUACAGUUCAUACGGCUCUUACAAGUGGUCAUCAAACACACCUGUAACUCAAUCUCAUUAAAAUGUAAGAGGGUCUACCUGGUGGCGCAACAGCAAACUACAGCAAAUCUACACAACAUUUUCUGACAGUUACACUACAUAUUCCUUGUCUUCUGCAUUAUGGGUUAAUAUAUUUUUAAUCUGUUAAAUUAUUAACGGCAAUUAACCGUUAAUCGAUUAAUCAUUGACAUCCCUACUUUAUAUCAUCUAUUUUCUCUGCACUAGUUGGCCCAAUUUGCAACAUAGCCAAGCCUUUGUGAAAUUAAAUAACCUGAACGUGGGUGUGGAUGUGUUUUAAAGCACCACAGUUGAAUGGAGACAAAAUAAAUCUGGUUAUUCUAUCAGAAUGAAACUUAAUAUAGACCCACAAACAAUAUUUUUCUGUAUUAUAACCUUUAGUUUUUAAUCUUGAAAUUAUGAAAAUUAGGCAAACUCAUGAAACAAGUCAGAACAAAUAUAGCAAUUUCAGGUGUGUUGUCUUUCCUUAAUCUUAUGGGUAUAUUAAUAAUAAAAAAUGUACUGAAGAGUUAUAUAGAUGAUUGAUUAUUUGAAAGAGUAAAAACUGAGACAAGCAAGUGGAGUGGUGCUGAAAUCUCAUAAUUUUACAUAUUGUAUUAAAGCUAUAAUAUGUAUUUAUUGUGCAUUAAAAUGUCUAAAAAUGACUAG